GAAACGCCAUUUUCAUAGGGAGGAAUAGAGAGCGAGUGAGAGCUGCUGUCAGGGGCUCAGUGAUGCGCUCUCAAUGCGUUAUUUACUAGCAAACACCCUUUGCACAUUCGGGCUCUGAAUUGACAGAGCAACGUGUCAAACUGCAGCCACGCUUACCUAAGAAGUAUGCGUUAAGUUAGCUUGUGGCGGGGUUAUUUUAUUUUAUUUUAAUGACAUUGAUCGCGAACUGGGUGCUGUGAGACCGGUGGAGUUUUAAAACUGAAAGCGGAGGCGGGCGUUCUUUAGUCUGUGCCGGGUGUCGGCCUUGAAAUCGAAAUAAUAUCAAAAAACCCGUGGAGAGAUAUUCAUUCAUCUUAUCUGCCAUCAAAAAAACUUGAGACCAGGGAGGAAGUUGCUGGUGAAACAGUUCCCCGAAGAAUCUGGAUGUUCGUUAUUGCAGCGGUAAAUAUUGGAAUAUGUGUGAUUCAUGAAUGUAUGAAAACAUGUCCACCAUGGUGUACUCGAAGGAGGACAAGAUGGAGAAGCUGUCCCAGGACGAGAUCAUCUCCAAGACGAAGCAGGUGAUCCAUGGUCUGGACGCCCUGAAGAACGAACACAACUCCAUCCUGCAGAGCCUGCUGGAGACACUCAGGUGCCUGAAGAAGGAUGAGGAGACCAACCUGGUGGAGGAGAAAUCCAGCAUGAUCCGCAAGUCCCUGGAGAUGCUGGAGCUGGGGCUCAGCGAGGCGCAGGUGAUGAUGUCUCUCUCUGGCCACUUGGGCGCGGUGGAGUCAGAGAAGCAGAAGCUGCGUGCCCAGGUGCGGCGGCUGUGCCAGGAGAACCAGUGGCUGCGGGACGAGCUGGCCAACACCCAGCAGAAACUCCAGAGGAGCGAGCAGAGUGUGGCCCAGCUGGAGGAGGAGAAGAAGCACCUGGAGUUCAUGAACCAGCUCAAGAAAUACGACGAGGACAUCUCUCCAUCGGAGGACAAAGACUCUGAUUCCUCCAAAGAACCGCUGGACGACCUCUUCCCCAAUGACGAGGAUGAUCAAGGACAAGGAAUUCAGCCGCACAACAGCAGUGCAGCUACAGCAUUGCAACAAGGAGGCUAUGAGAUCCCUGCCAGAUUGAGGACGCUGCACAACCUGGUCAUUCAGUAUGCGUCCCAGGGCAGGUAUGAAGUAGCCGUGCCGCUGUGCAAACAGGCGCUCGAGGAUCUGGAGAAAACAUCUGGGCACGAUCACCCCGACGUCGCCACCAUGCUCAAUAUCCUCGCCCUGGUGUACAGGGAUCAGAACAAAUACAAAGAAGCUGCAAAUUUGCUUAACGAUGCCUUGUCUAUUCGGGAGAAGACAUUAGGAAAAGACCAUCCAGCGGUGGCGGCUACUCUAAAUAACCUUGCAGUGCUUUAUGGGAAGAGAGGGAAGUACAAAGAAGCAGAGCCACUGUGCAAGAGGGCCUUGGAAAUCCGAGAAAAGGUUCUAGGCAAAGACCAUCCGGAUGUUGCUAAGCAACUGAACAACUUGGCUUUGCUAUGCCAGAACCAGGGCAAAUACGAAGAAGUAGAGUAUUACUACCAGCGUGCACUAGAAAUCUAUCAGACCAAGUUAGGACCCGAUGACCCUAAUGUGGCAAAAACAAAGAACAACUUGGCCUCUUGCUACCUCAAGCAAGGCAAAUUUAAGCAGGCAGAAACGCUAUACAAAGAGAUCCUCACGAGAGCUCACGAGAGGGAGUUUGGAUCAGUAGAUGAUGAAAAUAAACCCAUCUGGAUGCAUGCUGAAGAAAGAGAAGAAUGUAAGGGCAAACAGAAGGAUGGCUCAUUGUUUGGGGAGUAUGGCGGUUGGUAUAAAGCUUGUAAGGUGGACAGUCCCACUGUGACCACCACUCUGAAGAACCUGGGGGCACUUUACAGACGUCAAGGCAAGUUUGAGGCGGCUGAGACGUUGGAGGAGGCAGCGAUGAGAUCUCGAAAGCAGGGUCUUGAUAAUGCCCACAAACAGCGAGUGGCUGAAGUGUUAAAUGACCCAGAGAGCAUUGAGAAGAGGCGAAGCCGGGAGAGCCUCACCAUGGACGUGGUCAAGUACGAGAGCGGGCCUGACGGAGGGGAGGAAGUGAGUAUGAGCGUGGAGUGGAACGGGGACGGCACAGGAUCCCUGAAACGCAGCGGCUCCUUCAGCAAACUGCGCGCCUCGAUUAGACGCAGCAGUGAAAAACUGGUUAGAAAGCUGAAAGGAGGAGGUUCACGGGACACUGAGCCAAAGAACCCGGGCAUGAAGCGUGCCAGUUCUUUGAAUGUUCUUAACAUGGGUGACAAGGCUACUGAAGAAUCUUUUCAAGAACGAAAUAAUAGUCUGACUGACUCGCGAGGUCUGAGUGCCAGCCAUACUGACCUGGCGCAGUGAGGACCCUGGACUCACAGAGUCUGGGAUCUGGAUGGGAUGGAGACUUUUCCCAUGAAACUUCAGAAACAGCAGAAAGACAUUGAAUCCAGAGAUCACCACCUACAACGGGACUGCAAUUUUGAAGUCAUUUAAAAAAAAAACCCUAAUGGUGACUUGUGGAUUAGAUAUAUAUAUAUAUAUAUAUAUAUAUAUAUAUAUAUAUAUAUAUAUAUAUAUAUAUAUAUAUAUAUAUAUAUAAGUAGUUGGCCGAGGUAUACUGUAACUAUGUCUUUCAUUGCACUUUGACAACAAUCAUUUUGCUGGUUAAGGGCAGUGGUUUGUUCAUAUCCUAGCAUUUCUAAUGACAAUAUAUAUUUUUUCUAAAUUGAAAAGGAGCACAAAACGCACUUAUACCAGUAUAUCUACACUUUAAAACGGCAUAAGAAACUCAGGAGUUGUAUGGGUUAGUGCUGUAUGGGUUUGUAAGGAUGAUGUUAGCAGUGCUGGCUUUCUGCUUCUGGUCCCUUGUUUGUUUGUUUGUUUUUUUUGUUUUUUUUCUUAAACCUAAGCAAUUGUUAACAAACAAUUCUGACAUGCACUGAAAUGAUGAAAGAAACGAUUCGGUGGCUACCAUUGGUUAUUUGGCUCUGUUAACUCUCAAUGUCUUGCCUAGUUGAUAAUCCCCAGUAAUUGAUCUUGUAUCCAGAUAUAUGUGUUCAAAUGUAUUGUUACAAAGCUAUUUUUACUAUACGAAGGAAACAUAUGUGUCAGCUAUUAUAACAUUUGCUGCUGGUUUCAGAGUCCAUUUUAACCUUCCUAAAGUUACCUUACGCAAGGUAGAGUAGCGCUAAUCCAGGUCUAUGAAACUAGCCGAUAAAGUGCAGCGGUGUAAUUGGGUGUUCUUUUUAUGUACAUCUGUGUCUGUUUGAGAACAACUGCAGCUAUCGUGCUUAACAAAGCUGGAUCAUUGCAAGCAAAAUAAACUGCUAGCUAUGUUUAAAUAGAAGAAGCUGUUCUUGUUUGUAACAAUACAAAUAGAGAUGUUAGAUGCUGUUGGUAGAGGACUGCUCAUUUAACAUACAGUAUGACGAGGCAUCGGUUUCUAUAUAGGAUCCUGUUAUUUUCUAAUGCAUAUUGCUGUAAAAGAAAAUGGUUUUAUGUUUGUAUUCUUUUAUUUGAGUGUCCAGGUCAGGGUUAGUUGCAUGCAUAGUUGUGGCUGUGUACCAUCAUCACCAGUUUUGAAUCCACAUGUAAUUAAGAGUCUCAUUGUAAGGAAUAGUUGCACAGUUUAAACAGUGCACUGUUUACUUGUGGUCAUCCUGCAACCCCGGUUCCACUCUACUCAUUAAAAUGAUCAGCUUUUCUGUGCUUUUUUUUUCUUUUUAUUAAUUUAUUAUUAUAAAAGUAGUAUAUUCAAAACAAAAAAAAAAAAAAAGAAAAUUGUACUUUUUUUACAUAAUUGUUUUAAAACUAUAACAUAUUGCUACCACAUAACUAAUUAGCGUUUUAGCUUCUAGGCUGGAUUCACAGACCAUGAUCAGCACAAAUCUUGGAUUUCCUUACCUUGUGCCGAUACGCAGUCCAAGAUUAGUACAGACUGGGGUCUUCGAAACCAUCCUAUGUAUUUUUUUAGUGUUUAGCAUAUUGCUGUUUGUAAGGAUAAGUAAUUCAAGGUAGGCUUCAUUUCAGUGCCGUUUACUUUUUAGUCCUAGUUUUGUUUAACUCUGAAUAGGCACUGUUGCUUUAAGGAUAUUCGUCCUUGCACGUGAUUCUCUGGUUCUGUAUCUAGAGGUAGUUCUUUAGCAAUAUAGCCAACAAUUAUGACACUGCUAAUGGUUGAGGGUGCCUUUUGUAUCGCAGGGAGUCUGGCAGUUACCUCAUUUAAAUAAUGGCCUGCAAUAAUGUUGUAUUUCCAUACUAUUGAUUGGUGGCUAUUAUCCUUCUGAAUAGUUAGACCAGGAAUAACUAUCCAGAAAGAAGCCCUGUAGGAAAUUAAUGUCAUUAAAAAAGAUUUGCAAUGGUUUCAGCAAUAGCUGUGAAAUGUUAUUUAGGAGUAACUGUUAAAAGAACCAUCAGUGGUAAUAAAUAUUUAGCAAUAAAACCUUAAUCCAGUGUGGUUAGAAAUGUAAGCCUUUCCUAGAGUUGGAUUGUUAUAGUAAAGCCGUGUUAUAAUGCUAAGAGAUAUCAAAACCUUCUCAAAUUCUCAGAUGUUAGUAUGGAAGAUGAAUAUUAUUGCAUAACUAUAUACUAUACAAAUACACUAUCAAGCCUUACUGUUUAUGUAAUAUAUUUAGCAUUGGGGAGGUCUCUAUUGUACUAGCUGUUACAUAGUGAUUUGGAUUUGCUUUUAAAUGGUGUCUGUAUUCUGAUCUUAUUAUUUGGCUGUCUCAAAAAUGUAAACAGUCAUGUUUUUUUGCAGUGGGCUUAACUGCAAGGGAGCUGCCUGUAUUCUGAUGCAGCGAGUUCACAUAGCAGAGGUGAACUUGAUAUUGUAGUGGCUCGGAUUCACCUUCAUCAUUAAGGCUGAAUGCAGUUCCCACCAUGGAUUUCAAUGGAAAAACAAGCUUAGGGAUAUUUUAAUUGACGUUUAUUAGCAUAAGAACUAGCUGUAAGGUGUAUCAUUAAGUGAUACAGUAACACAUAGAAUACUUACUCAGGUUUCAUGAGUGUAUUUAUAAUACAUUGCCCAUAAUCAGUCCAGUUUUGUGGAUUGCGCAAAGUUGAACAAAAUACACUUCAAGAUGGGAAUCAUGAAACGUGGAGUUGACAAGCUCUUCUAAACUCUACCAGGAAAGCACAGCACAACACAGAUAACAGGGAAACCCAUGCAAACAGGGCAGAACUCAAACCUAGAGGACAGGUUGGGGGGAGCAGCCACACUAACAGCAAUAAUAUUCAGUGUCAAUGGGGUGUAUUGGCUCAUCAUAGCAAUCUGCUUGGGUUUCUAGAACUCCAAAGAAAACUGAGAAGCCUGGGCUAUGCUAUUUUCAAAAAGUGAAACUUAAUCAAAGGUAGGAUUUAAAAACCCAGGGAGUCUGAACAGAAUAUAUUGUAGCAAACCAAGGUGCUAAUACACAUCUGAGUGCAAAGCCCCGGCAUUCGUCACUAUAAAUUUAUUAAUUUGAAUUAUUAAAGAAAGAAGACAGGAGACAAUGAAUGUUGACAAUGGGGUGUGGAAGUAGGAAUGUAAUGCUGGGUAAUGAUGUUUACAAUGGUUAUGUUUCCUUACAUUAUGGUGUAAAGAACAGGAGGAAUAAGUGCUUGGUAUAAGCAGUCUACAAAGAGGCCUGCUGAGUCUAAAGGUCAGUGAAUGUUACUACACAACAGAUACUUAGAGUCUGCAGUCAUCUGUUGAUGAAAAGCUGAAAAUCAUAAAAUGACUUACAAAAAAAAAUGUAUCAGUACAUUACCCAUAAAGAAAAUGCAACAGUAGUGUACAUGUGUGACUAAAGACAAUGUGAUCACGUCAAGGCUUUGGCAUUGCAUGUGCUGUGCUGUGCUGUGCAAUGUAGACAGCGCACUUCUGGAACAAAUCUUCAAGCUGUCUGAUAACUCAAGUGUAUACAUUUAGAAAGGUGUUCUGGUUACACUGUUUGAACUGUGUUGAAGUAUUUAUGUUGCAAAUGUACAAAGGAAAUAUCAAAAUAUAAAUUUUAAAAAUACA